CAAUGGUUGUUACGGUAGAAAGAGAUCCCUAGGGUUUGCCUGUUUCUUUCGAUUAUUUGCGAGAUUCUACAGAUUUCUACCUGGUAGAAUAGUUUCUUCCUCUAGGGUUUAGUUGUUUCCAUCUCAAUUCCUUCUCACAUUUCGAUCUCAUGUUGAUGGGUUGAAGCAUCUUGUUGCUGACUUCAAGCAGUCGCUCGUGAGACUGGUGAUAUAAGAGAUGGAGUCCGGAUUUGAUUCAGAAGCCACUGAAGAUCUGCCUCCUCCUCCUCCCAUACCUCCAAAUGUUACCCCAAUUAAAGUUGAUCCUGAGGGAAGUUUGCCUCCAAAAAAGGCAACGAAGCCUAGUAGGGUACCAAUGCCUAGACCGGGGCUUGGAAAGAAAGGCCAAGUGGUCCCGCUUUUGACAAACCAUUUUAAAGUUUCUGUUCGGAAUGUGGAUGAUUAUUUCUAUCACUACAGUGUUUUAUUAAAAUAUGAAGAUGAUAGGCCUGUUGAAGGGAAGGGUAUUGGUAGAAGGGUGAUAGAUAAACUGCAUCAGACUUAUGACAUUGAUCUAGGAAACAAAGACUUUGCAUAUGAUGGAGAAAAGAGUCUAUUCACACUCGGUGCUCUUCCUCAAGUCAAAAAUGAGUUCACUGUUGUACUCGAGGAUGUAUCCUCAGCUAGAACCACUGGCAAUGGGAGCCCACGUGGGAAUGACAGUCCUGGUGAAAGUGAUUGCAAGCGUGUAAGACGCCCCUACAGAAUAAAGACUUUUAAAGUUGAGCUGAAUUUUGCUGCUAAGAUUCCUAUGAAAUCAAUUGCAAUGGCUUUGAAAGGCUAUGAAAGUGAGAAUUCCCAAGAAGCCUUGCGGGUUCUUGAUAUUAUUUUACGACAGCAUGCAGCAAAGCAGGGAUGUCUUCUUGUUCGACAGUCAUUUUUCCAGAACAAUCCAAGAAACUUUACUGACAUUGGAGGUGGCGUCCUAGGAUGUCGUGGUUUUCAUUCUAGCUUUAGAACCUCACAAGGUGGCCUGUCGUUAAACAUUGAUGUUUCAACGACCAUGAUUGUUAAGCCAGGUCCAGUUGUCCAAUUCCUUAUUGACAACCAAAAUGUCAAGGAUCCAUAUCAUCUUGACUGGACAAAGGCUAAACGGGUUCUUAAAAAUUUGAGGAUCGUGACCCGCCAUAGUAAUCAAGAGUUUAAGAUUGUUGGUUUGAGUGAACUGCCUUGUAAUGAACUAAGAUUCAAUUUCAAGCAGAGAAAUGGGAGGGAUGGGAAUGGGGAUUCUGAUACAAUAGAAAUAACUGUUUUUGACUAUUUCACAAAGUAUCGGAACAUACCUUUGAGCUUCUCUGCCACACUUCCAUGCAUCAAUGUUGGAAAACCAAAGCGUCCAACUUAUGUGCCUAUUGAGCUUUGCAGCCUUGUAUCGUUGCAAAGAUAUACAAAGGCCUUAUCUACUUUCCAACGUUCUUCCCUUGUGGAGAAAUCUAGGCAAAAGCCUCAAGAAAGAAUGAGUGUUCUGACUGAGGCUUUAAAGUUCAACAACUAUGAUGCUGAUCCGAUGUUACGAGCCUGUGGUGUCACCAUAAGUGCAGGUUUUACUCAGGUUGAAGGCAGAGUUUUGCAACCUCCAAAGUUGAGAGUUGGUAAUGGGGAAGAUUUCAUGCCAUCUAGAGGAAGGUGGAAUUUUAACCACAAGAAAUUGGUUGAGCCCAUCGAGAUCAGCCGAUGGGCUGUUGUCACUUUCUCAGCUAGAUGUGAUAUCGGGUCACUUAUAAGAGACCUAAUCAAGUGUUCGAAUAUGAAGGGCAUUGUCAUGAAAGAACCAUUCGAUGUGAUCGAGGAAAAUCCUUCAGUGAGAAGGGUGCCACCUGUUGCAAGGGUGGAUGAUAUGUUCCAACAGAUAAAGAAAAAACUUCCUGGGGCCCCACAAUUUCUUCUCUGUCUUCUACCAGAGAGAAAGAAUUCAGAUAUUUAUGGUCCAUGGAAGAGGAAAUGCCUUGCUGAAUUUGGAAUCGUUACACAAUGCAUUGCCCCUACAAGAGUGAAUGACCAAUAUCUUACCAAUGUGCUUUUGAAAAUCAAUGCAAAGUUAGGUGGGAUAAAUUCCUUUUUGAACAUUGAAAGAUCACAAGCUAUUCCUUUGGUUUCAAAUACCCCAACAAUAAUAUUAGGAAUGGAUGUUUCACAUGGCUCUCCUGGACAGUCUGAUAUUCCAUCGAUUGCUGCGGUUGUGAGUUCAAGACAGUGGCCUUCUAUUUCUCGUUAUAGAGCUUCCGUGCGGUCCCAAUCGCCGAAGCUUGAAAUGAUUGACUCACUGUUUAAGCCUGUUGGUGACAAAAAUGAUGAAGGCAUAAUCCGUGAAUUGCUGAUUGAUUUCUACACCAGUUCUGGAAAGAGAAAGCCAGAGAACAUUAUUAUUUUUAGGGAUGGUGUUAGCGAAUCACAGUUUGUUCAGGUUCUGAACAUUGAGUUGGAUCAAAUUAUUGAGGCUUGCAAGUUUCUCGAUGAGCAGUGGUUUCCAAAGUUUACAUUAAUAAUUGCCCAGAAAAAUCAUCAUACUAAAUUCUUCCAGCCUAAAUCACCUGAUAAUGUUCAACCAGGCACGGUUGUCGACAGCAAAAUUUGUCAUCCUAGAAAUUAUGACUUUUACAUGUGCUCGCAUGCCGGGAUGAUUGGUACCACUAGACCCACUCAUUACCAUGUUUUGCUGGACGAGAUUGAGUUCUCGGCUGAUGAUCUGCAGGAGCUUGUGCAUUCACUUUCCUAUGUCUAUCAAAGGAGCACAACUGCAAUUUCUGUUGUUGCUCCUAUAUGCUAUGCCCAUCUGGCUGCAUCACAAUUGGGUCAAUUUGUCAAGUUUGAUGACAUGUCCGACACAUCGUCUAGCCAUGGUGGACAUACAUCUGCAGCAAGUGUACCUGUGCCAGAGUUACCGAGGCUGCAUCAGAAUGUGAGCAGCUCAAUGUUCUUCUGCUGAUGCCUUGAAUAUCUCCUGAGAUCCAUUUUUGUGUGCUGUGGCGGAUCAGAGACGAGUAACACUCACUGUAUAUAUGGAAGCUUCCUCAACUAAUUGUCUUGAUGUUUUUGCCGCCUAAAGCACGCAGCUAUCAAGAAUGACUGCCUUGUGCGAACAAACACUGUUACUUUUGACGUCAAAGCUCAUACUUGAAAGCCACUGUGCUUCAGUUAUUUUCAGAUUGUUAUUAACAUAUAGAAUCUUUUUCGUUGGUAGUAGCAUCUUUCCAAGAUUACUGCCCAGAGGAAGAUGCUGUCAGCUUAUUGGAGAUUUUUUGCUAUGCUGCA